AUGUCUAUUUUGUGGUAUCUAUCUAUCUAUCUAUCUAUCUAUCUAUCUAUCUAUCUAUCUAUCACAGUUGAAAUGAAAAGCACUGGAAAGCGACGUCAUCUAUCUAUCUAUCUAUCUAUCUAUCUAUCUAUCUAUCUAUCUAUCUAUCUAUCUAUCUAUCUAUCUAUAACUCUUUUCAAUCCUAUCUAUCUGUCUCUCUGUCUAUCUAUUAUCUAUCUAUCUGUCCGUCUAUCUAUCUAUCUAUCUAUCUAUCUAUCUAUCUAUCUAUCUAUCUAUCUCAAUCCGUUUCUAUCUACCUGUCUUUCUAUGUAUCUGUCUACAUUAAUCCGUUUUAAUCUAUCUAUCUAUCUAUCUAUCUAUCUAUCUAUCUAUCUAUCUGUCCGUUUCUAUAUAUUUCUGUUCACAUGUAUGUAUGUAUGUAUCUAUAUCAAUACGUUUCUAUCUAUCUGUUUCUGUUCACAUCUAUCGAUCUAUCUAUCUAUCUCAGCCCGUUUCUAUAUAUUUCUGUUCAUAUCUAUCUAUCUAUCUAUCUAUCUAUCUAUCUAUCUAUCUAUCUAUCUAUCUCAAUCCGUUUCCAUCUAUCUAUUUCUGUUCACAUCUAUCUAUCUAUCUCAGCCCGUUUCUAUAUAUUUCUGUUCAUAUCUAUGUAUGUAUGUAUGCAUCUAUCUAUCUAUCUAUCUAUCUAUCUAUCUAUCUAUCUAUCUAUCUAUCUAUCUAUCUAUCUCAAUCCAUUUCCAUCUAUCUAUUUCUGUUCACAUCUAUCUAUCUAUCUAUCUAUCUAUCUAUCUAGUUAGCUAG